AUGAAUACCAUAAAAUUGUUAAAUUUUUGUUUUUCAAUAUCUAAUUUAAAAAAAUAAAUUUAUUAAAGCUUCUUGUGCAACAAAUUACAAUUUUAUGUACUAAGUAAAUUAAUUCAUAUAGUAUUCAAUCAAAAAAGAGUAUUUAAUGCAAUUAAAGUAUUUAACACCUUCAAAAUUUUACCUUAUCUAUUAAUGUGAUUAUUUGUUUUCUUAAAAAUAUAGAUUUAAUUUUAAAUAGAAAUCAUGCUAUUUUUAAUUAGUAAAGUUUAUAAAACUUAUAUAAUAAUUUUCAUCUUAUUCUAAGUAAGUUUUAUUUUCCAAAUAUUGUUUUAAAUUAAAUUUGGAUGAGAUUUAUAAUCAACUUAUUAGUGGUAAAAAAUAUAUGAAAUUGAGAAGGAGAAUUACUUUAAUAGGGUUUACUUAUAUUCUAAAAUAUUCAUGA